UCGCUUUUGUCCAUAUCCAACUUCUAUCUAAUUUUCUGGUUGCGUGUCGAGGACUGGAUCCUGUCAAGCAAAGCCUCGUUGUUAUACUUGCACAUCCUUCAGCUCCGCCUUUAUAACGACGACUAAUCCGCCAUUGACACGACUUACCAUAUCAUCUUGCUUCUGCAUAUUAUCUAAUUCUUAGUAUAACCUGGUCAAUCUCUCAACAUGUCUGCUGUUCAACUCAAGUUUUCGCUGCGCACCUCCUCCAAUGUCAAGACUGUCCACCUGGUCGGCUCCUGGGAUAACUACUCCCGUCAGAUCCCCCUUUCCCGGGAUGAUGGCAAGCCAGGCGCAUGGAUUGGCAAGUUCCGCUUCCAGACCUCCAUGCUGAAGCUGGGUGGCCGCUACUGGUACUACUAUAUCAUGGACGGUUACCAUGUCUCCCAUGAUCCCGCCGUUGAGUACACCGUUGAGCCCACCACCGGCCGCAAAUUGAACAUCCUCGAUGUUCCCGGUGGCAAGAAGUCCUCUCAGCCUGCCCCCAAGCACCGCCGGGGCUCGGAGGACUUUGUAAAGGGCCGCGCUCCGUCUCCGUCCAAGAUUCACCACCCCAAGCCAUCCAAGCCCUAUGCGUCCCGCCAAAUCCGGGAGACGGACUUUGCUCCCACUAUGGAGGACCUGACCAUGCGGUUUGCCGACUCCCGGCUGUCCGAUGAGUACUCGCUCUCCAACAGCCCGCCCAGCUCGGUUGGCUCGUCACUAUCCUCCCGGUCAUCCGGCAGCACGUCCCCAUCGUCGCUGUCGUCGAUGAGUGACCCACCCACCCCGAUCUGCCACUGCGAGCGUUACGGAAUCACUCGCAAGGGCGAUCGGGUCAAGCUCGACUGUGGCGGCAGCCGCUGCGGCUAUGUUACCGAGUCGUCCGAGGCCAGCUGCUCGGAGUCGGACAGUGAUGAGGAGUACCGCCGUGCCCGCAGCGCCGUCCGUCGCCAAGGCAUUGUGGUUCGGAGGUAAACCAUGACAAGCGUUGGUGCUUUUUGCAUUGCUUUACACAAUCAUCCCCUCAUGGGAGUCGCUUCCCGCGCCGAAGGGCCGAACAUGCCGGGCAUCCAAUGCCCGCCCUCUCUCGAGGGUUGUCACUCCUUUAGCAGUUACCUGCUGCGUCUAUCACCGACGCUGCUUGCAUGCAAACCUAUAAAGAAAGAAAAAGACCAAAAAAAGGUGUUGUCGAGGCAUCCGGGCCAUGGCGAUCUGCCGUGGACGAGCCAGAUGUUGUAUGUGGGGGAGAGGAAAAUGGAGAGGAAUGGAGGGGAUGGAAGAACUGGAAUUGAGGGGGUUGACG